AUGUCAGUGGUUCAUCUAUAUUUUCUUCGCUUUUCCAUUGCAGGUAAAACUACCCUAUUGAGAAUCGAUUGCGGAACAGAUUCGAGCUACAGAGACAGUACUGAUGGAAGCUAUUGGCAAUCUGAUGAGAAUUACAUCAAAACGGGCACUAACAGAAAGGUCUCAACCAGCAGAAUAGAACAAUUCAACAGUCUCCGCGCCUUUACACAACAAAACAAGAACUGUUACACAUUACCGACCCCAACUCAAGCGAAGUACUUCAUCAGAGGCUCUUUCUACUACGGCAACUACGAUGGCCAGUCGAAGCCGCCAACCUUCGACCUGGAGUUCGAUGGAAACAAAUGGGCUAGUGUCGUUACUUCGGCCACACGGCUCCAAUUUCACGAGCUGAUCUACAUGCCCAAAGGAGAAAACAUCAGCGUGUGUUUAGCUAGAACGCAGGACAAGCAAUUUCCUUUCAUUUCGAUAUUGGAGAUCUGGCCUUUGGACGACAAUAUGUACGAGGGUAUGAGCGGGGACGUUGCGUGGCUCAGAAGCUACGGCUAUAACUAUGGCGGCGGUUCAAAUGAUUUGGAAAAUUGGAUCCUUGGGUUUCCAAUGGAUGACUACAACAGAGUAUGGCAACCAUAUGAUCCCCCAGGCAUAAAUGUAGUCACAGCCCUCUCAAUAAGCCAAAACAACGUCAAUGAUCCACCUGAAGAAGCAAUCAUCACAGCAAUUGAAGCAGCAGAUCCAGCAGACGUGAUCAACUUACCAUUCACGCUCGCCACAACCACUAACCUCAACUACAUAGCGGCUUACUUCACCGAGCCACAUGAAUUUUUGGAUAACGACACAAGAUUGAUCGAUAUCUAUGUGGAAGAUGAUUUCAUGCUCACAGUCGAGCCUGAGAUUGGGAUCUGUACUUGCGCAUUGAUCAGGAUUCAGUCAGAUGGUACGCUAAAUGUUCAACUGCGCCAAAAUGGUAGUUCUACAUUACCUCCCGUGAUCAGCGCAAUUGAAGUGUACACAGCUGGCAACCCGCUUGUCCCCGGCACAACUUCGAAAGAUGAUUUGGAUGGACUUCAGGUCUUCAUCAACGCCUUUGAGCAGCUAAGCGGUUGGAGCGGAGAUCCCUGUCUUCCAAACAACACCGUAUGGCAAUGGUUGGGUUGCAAUGGUAAUGACCCGCCAAGAGUAAGCAAAAUAGAUCUCUCAGGAUACGGUCUAAAUGGUCCUCUGCCAGAAUUCAGCCAAAUGCAAGCUCUCGAGACCAUGUAAAUCAGCCUUGGCUUCAUUUAGCCCUGAAGAAUUCUUCUCUUUGCUUUCUUGUUACUAAUUUCCAUGUGCUCGCUUCUUCAGAAAUCUCGGAAACAACAGCCUCAACGGACAAAUCCCAAGUUUCCUCGGGUCACUUCCCAAUUUAAAGCAACUUGAUCUCCAAAACAAUAACUUCUCUGGAAAAAUCCCAAAGACCAUAACUCAGAACAAAAAGAUCACCUACAAUGUUAAAGGGAACCCCCAUGUGCACUGUCCAAAGAAGAAAAACCUGGCUCUGAUCAUUGGUCUCUGUGUGAGCUUACCUGUCGGCCUAAUCUUAGUGAUUACCCUAGUUUUUUUCGUGACACGAAGACAUCCGCCACCACCCACCCAAGGACAACUCACACUGGCUGAGUUGAGUAGGGUCCAGAAAAUGAAUAUUCAGGGGAAUCAUCCAGGACAAAGCGCUUCUUUAAGUACACAAACACCUACCACACCAUCUCAGAACAAUCAGCACAUUGAGCCAAUUUCGAACCUAGGAAAUGUUGCUUCACCUCCAUUCUCCUCAAGCAUGAGUCAAGCAAACCAAGGAAAUGGUCAUUUGACGCCACUGUCGACCAAUACCGUAGGAAAUAGCGAUCAGUUUCAGGGAUUUGACAGGGAUGAGCUUGAUGAACUACUUGAUCUUCAUAUUAGAACAAGAUAAUGAUGACUUUGCUGAAGCUUUUGUAACCAUCAGAAUUAUCUGCUGUCUCAGAGCUCAGGAGUUGGACAUCUCCCGGAUCUUCCCACUCCAAAUAAUGU